GCUUGAUUUCGAAUCCUAAAUACAAUACAUUCGUUGGUGCCUGUGUCUUCUUAAUUCAGUUGCGUUAAUCCUGGAAUUCCUAAUUCAUACGACAAUUAGAAUACUAUAUUGGCGUCAUGAUGGAACCUGCAAUGGAAAAGUUGGAUAUUCAUUCAACUCCUGAAGCUUUUGAGGAUUAUUUGGAAAGGUUCGAAAUUCGGAGCAUGACCAAAGAAGAUGAUGAGGAUGUUAAUAUUGUGGCACACUUCCUCACAUUCAUUGGGAGAGAAGCGUACAGCUUAUUAAAAUCUUUAGCAUAUCCAGAAAAACCUAUCUCACUCCCUUAUGCAACUCUUAAAGAGCUAUUAUUAAGUCAUGUAAAAUGCACCAGUUUUGAAUGCCGUGAAAGAGCGAAGUUUCAUAAGAUGAUUCGUCGAAAUGACCAAAAGGCUCGGGAAUUCAUCCUUGAAUUACAGAAACAAGCUGCCAAGUGUAAUUUCGGUGAUCAACUUCAUGUGCAACUGAGAGAUCGAUUAAUUGCAGGAAUUAACAUACGGAGUUUGGUAAGAGAGCUGUUAAAAAUGCCAAACUGUUCCUUUCAAGAUGCUAGGACUGUGUGUAAUAACUACGAAGCAGUGAAUGAACUUGAUAUCCAGUCGAUGAAGAUGUCUGUUACUUUACUUAGUCGUCAUGAUGAACUACAAUCUCAGGGUCAAUCAAAUUUGCGUUCAUUUAACAGUGAUUCCUAUUCUCGUGUAAAUACGAAAGGUGUUUCAACGAGGAAUUACAAAGCAAAUCACAAAGGUGAGAUGAAGUUUGGUAAAUGUUUAUCAUGUGGAAGCCCCCUGAAUGCCCUGAUACGGCCGAGAGUGGGGAGAGUCCGCUCUCCCUCUCGAAAUACUCUCACAUGGCCACGCGUAUACAGCCUCUGCCAGGGGAGUCCUACUCAUUGCCUUCUCGUGGCGGGGGUGUUGUUUACGAAAAUGAGAGGACGAAAAGCGAAUGUCCGGCGCUUUAACCGGAUUCCAAACCAAUGGUGCACAUGGGCUCCGGUAUCCUGAGGGAACAAAUGGCGUAUGAACCAAUCGUUGGUCACCGGCUACCAUGGGAUUGCAUCGCCUUACGAUGCUCCACUGCCUUGUGGGUUAGACCUUUAGGUCAAAGGCUCGGGGUGUGGCCCCCUAAGAUAACCACCUGCUUCGGUUUGGGCACCCGGGCAGUAUCACAGCCCACACACAAAUUGAUGAACUCUUUAUGCCUAUGGAAAUUACCUUUCUCGCUUUGAAAAACAAACAAUUGAUUCAGAUUAUUAUCAUUACAAUUAUUGUCAUUAUUAAUACUAUUAUUGUUAUUACUACUAUUAUUGUAAUUAUUAUUAUUAUUUUCCACAUUAUUCACCCUCUUUUAUACUUAUACAGCGGCUCGUCUUUGGUGGAAAUUCGACUGUAUCUAAACGUUCUCGAGUCACUGUCCGGUUGAAAAUUGUAUGUUACCACCGAAUGCGAGGACUGAAGCAGUUUUUCUGAAACCACGUGCACCAUUCAAACUGGCUGCCUUCAACGUUCGCACAUUUAUGCAGGUCGGACAACAGAUAGGGCUGGCUAUGUAUUUGGAAAGUUUUCAUAUCGAUGUCUGCUGUCUAUCCGAGACCUGUAUUCAAGACUCUGGUGAAGUACUACAAAUUCGAUCUCCAUCUGUCGCUUCGAAAAGCUUGUUUUACGUGCGCUUAUCCGGGGACCCUGUGGCAUCUUCAUCUGGUCUUGCUGGCGUUGGUGUCGCACUAAGCGCUAGAGCUGAGGCAGCACUAGUCGAUUGGAUCCCCAUUAACAGUCGGUUAUGUGCUGUUAGAUUAGAAAGUUCCAUCAAAGUGAGAAGAAAUCGGCGUGAGAAACGAUGUCUUUUCGUCAUCUCCGCCUAUGCCCCGACAGAUUUCAGCCCGGAUGCAAUCAAGGAUGAGUUUUACCACCAGUUAUCAGUUCUUCUCCAGAAAAUGCGUUCGACAGAUAUUGUAGUACUAGCCGGAGACUUGAAUACUCAGGUCGGGCGUCUAGGCACAGAAGAGAGUCGUUUAGGUGGCCGAUGGAGACUCGUUGGUCGCAGGUCAGAUAACGGGGACCGUCUACUGCAACUUUGCACAGACCACAACCUGUUUCUAGCUAGCACUAACUUUCGGCACAGUCAUCGCCGAUGUGCCACCUGACGUCCUCCCUCUGCAUCUCAAGCCUGGACUCAGAUUGAUCACAUCGCGAUCAGCUACCGCUGGUAUGGUUGUGUACAAGACUACCGCUCCUUUUGGAGUACCUAUCUGGACUCUGACCAUGCCUUGGUCUGCGCCAAUCUUGCCUUACUUUUCAGUGGCCAACGAAGUGACCACCACCAAAAGAUUGAUGUUAGCAAGCUGGUUGCAACUUCUGUUGCAAGUAAGUAUCGAAC